GGGCCGAGCGGGAGGAAAACCGAGGGCCACGCUGCAGUAUAUAUUGAGGGAAGCCGGAAAGCCAGGCACAGUUCGGCUCCCUCCCGUUCAGCGACAUGAAGACUCUGGUUGUUUUGGCAGUGAUGGUGGCGGCCACCGCCCAUCAGGCCUACGGCAUCCCUGUACCCGGCACUCUCUCCCACGGCACCCACGCCUACGGCUAUGGGCAGGCGCCCUACGUGGGUCCGCUGGCUUCCAGUGUUCCUGCCGGCAUCGGCGGAAAGGUCAUCCCUGUCUCGGACACCUACGAGGUGGCGGCCGCCCGUGAACAGUUCUUCAGAGCCUACCAGGACCAGCUGAACACAAUCUAUGCCAUCCGCGCCAGCCGACCCGCCUACCACAACACCUACGGCUACGGGCACCAUGGCUCUGCAGGCGCCGUCCACGUGUCCCACGGAACCCACUCCUCUUACGGCACCCCUGCUGUGCACGCCCCCGUUGUGCACACUUCCCACGCCGUGCACGCCCCCGCAGUGCACACCUCCCACGUCGUGCAUGCCGCCCCCGCCGUGCACCACGAAUAUUAAAACAGUCCAGCAGGAACACGUCGAAAGUAGCGGCUUUCAGGCUGAGUUCUUCUCGACGUAGCACACUGACAAAUCCUUCUUCGCUGCCAGAACACUAUUACAACUGAUGUCUUCUCCACCACACCCGAUCUUGUCAAAUAAGUGUAUGUACUGUACAGGUCAAUAAAAACAUUAAAAAACG